GAACGUCUUUUGAUUGACUCUGACAUAUGACAUUUAGCUGGCUGUUUUGCCCUGUUUUUUUGAUUCAUUUUAAUUAAACAUCUAGGCAAUUCGUUUUAAUUAGACACAAAACAUUUGUCAUGUGAUUUACGGCGAGUCCAGGGAGCUCCAUAACAUCGGGAUUAGAUAAAAAUUGUUGUUUGACAACAAUUACGUUUUUGAAGAAAUGGCUGAGAGCUGCGGAGAAAUGGGUGAGGAGGAUAUAAUCAUCAAUGAUCAGGACGGUCUGCCCAAUGUCCAUCCCAAUCUACUGCCUGAAACUGAUAUGGACAGUUCCGAACAUGAGGGUGAUGAUGAUUUCGAUGAUCUGCCUUCAUCCCUUAUCGUAACCAACAUACAUUACACUGUUUUUUCGAAUGCAGAUAAAAAAGCAACUAUGGAGGAUCUUUUCCGUAUGUUCGAUCCUGGGGUGUCCUUCCAAUGGCUGCAAAGCUUUCGGCGGCUCAGGGUGAACUUCCAAACACCGUUGGCCGCAGCAAAUGCCAGGAUUAAGCUGCAUCAGUAUAAGUUAGACGAAUCCGUGAUCACCUGCUACUUUGCGCAACCUGUGACCCCGGUGAAGAACAGCACCCUGCAGCUACCGAAACCCUUCAAGCAGUUCCUAAUCUCGCCUCCGGCAUCGCCACCCGUGGACUGGGAGCCGAGGCCUGAAGGAGAGCCCAUCAUCAACCAAGAUCUGCUUGCAGCUUUGGCAUCCCUUACACCAGGGACUGCUCACGAGCUGCACCCUCCGUCGCCCGGUCAGCCCAGCAUAAUUGUUCACACGGCCUUGGGGGUGGACGGUGAGAACGGCAAGAGCAGAAUCCCGCAGACUGCAUGCCCAGAUCGUGCGUAAGGAGUUUUAUAACUCAGGAUUUUGUUGCAGGCUAGCAAAGAAACACUAACACACACAAACACAUACACCAAACCAACCAAUUCGUUAUUCAAUGUUAACUGUUGUCCUCUUCUCGCUUUUCGACUUAGAUAAUAGAUAGGGCACGGCCAUCACCAUGGUUUUUUUUUACUGUACUGCUCACUUUGCAGCAUGGCAAUUCGGGUUUGAUUUCAUUAUUAUUUUUUUGGUGGUUUUCGAGACGGGAUACGAAAUGUUGAUUGUAUCCGUGAUGCAGCUGCCUUGAUAUUACCAAAAACUUGAAUUGCAACGAAUCUAAAUGUUAUAAUCUCUAUGGAAAAAAAUCGAGUAAGCGCAAACGAUGUAAUCUACAUUUCCAACAAAGAAAAUUAUUUAUUUUUUACUUUUAGGAUUUUUAUUUUAUUAUGUAUCUUAUAGAAAUCUCCAAUGGAAUUGUCUAGUUUGAUUGAUUUUGUUGGAUAUUCUUCGCUGUGAUUGAGAAUUUCGGUUAUUAUUUAUUUUGCAAAACUUUUUUUGUAUCCCGUGUUUCUUUAAUACUUCUAAAUUGAUUUGAAACGUAAUUACCCUUAAUAUCAUUUUCAUAUCCAUAUCAAGAUUAU